AUGAAAGUUGGCUACUUCAGCAAUGAAUUUCCACAUGAUGACUUACGAGAUCUUGUUCGCCGACUUCGGGUCCAUAGUAAAGAUUUGCGACACACUACCUUGGCGAGGUUCAUAAAUGAGGCGACUUUGGCUGUUCGCGAAGAAGUGCGCUUAUUACCCACCUUUUUGAGAACAUUGGUUAAGCCAUUUGAGACGGUCUUCAACUUUGCCGACCAGACUGCUCUCCGUGACGGCCCUCUUGGAGGAGCUAUAGACGGUGUGCUGCUUUGUGCAGUUCAGAUAGCGACGCUCAUUGGAUAUUGCGAGAAUAACUUAGAGGACGAAUUUGACCUCCACUGCCUCGCUGGUUUAGGCACUGGUCUUAUCUCCACAGCUGCUUUUUCGUUGUCUCCAACGUUGGCAAACUUACCACUGGCUGGCGCACAGGCCAUUCGAGUAGCAUUUCGGCUUGGUGUUCUUGUUACUGAGGUCUCACAAAAUCUGCAACCUCGCCAAGUCUCAGACGGUAGCACUAAAGACAGUUGGGCCUACGUUGUGCCAAAUGUUGCAGCUAGUGAGGUUCAAAAGGAACUUGAUGCAAUACAUGCGGCUGAGAAAACACCCACGGCGAGUAAGAUAUUUAUCAGCGCACUCAAUCAAACUUCUGUUACAGUGAGCGGGCCGCCAGCAAGACUACAGCACAUUUUUUAUAAGUCUGAUGUCCUCCGGGACUGCAAGUUUAUUGCUUUGCCGGUAUUUGCAGGGCUGUGCCAUGCAAAGCAUGUCUACACCAAGGAGCAUGUCGAAAGCGUAAUCCAAACCCCUUCUAUGGACGUACUGAACGCAAAGUCUUUUCCACGGGUACCGGUUUUCUCAACCAGCACGGGAAUGCCAUUCAAGGCAAAAAGCGCCAAAGGAUUGUUCCAUGAUAUUAUCGAAGAAAUCUUAACACAGACGAUCCAAUGGGAUAAUGUCAUCGAGGGCAUUAUCCAACGAGCCAAGGAUACUGCUGCUUCGGAAUGCCAAAUCCUUGUAUUUCGAACAUCUCUACCAAUUCACGAUCUCUUGACGGCCUUUGACUCAGACCCGAUCGAACUUAAGGCAACCACACUCGAUCUCGUACCCUGGAUUGUGAAGCCAGAUCCGCGAGCUGGAGUACCAAGAGGCACUGCACAGUCUAAGAUUGCCAUUGUUGGCAUGUCCUGCAGAAUGCCAGGAGGUGCAACAGACACUGAGAAGUUCUGGGAGAUCUUAGAGAAGGGCCUAGAUGUGCAUCGAAAGAUUCCUGCCGAUAGGUUUGACGUGAACACACAUUUUGACCCAAGUGGCAAGCGAAUGAACGCCAGCCAUACUCCUUAUGGCUGCUUUAUCGAUGAACCAGGUCUCUUUGAUGCCCCAUUUUUCAACAUGUCUCCUCGGGAAGCUCUACAGACAGAUCCAAUGCAGAGACUAGCGUUAGUCACUGCCUACGAAGCCUUAGAGAGAUCGGGAUAUGUGGCGAAUCGUACUGCUGCUACUGACCUUCACCGUAUCGGGACUUAUUAUGGACAAGCUAGCGAUGAUUACCGCGAGGUAAAUACAGCCCAAGAGAUUAGUACCUAUUUUAUCACAGGUGGUUGUCGUGCAUUCGGCCCGGGACGUAUCAACUAUUUCUUUAAAUUUUCGGGCCCGAGCUACAGUAUUGACACGGCUUGUUCGUCAGGAUUGGCGACAAUACAGACGGCAUGCACCUCACUUUGGAACGGCGAUAUCGACAUGGCAGUAGCUGGAGGAAUGAACAUUCUGUCUAACUCUGAUGCGUUCGCUGGACUGAGUCAAGGUCACUUCCUGACCAAAACUCCCAACGCAUGCAAGACCUGGGAUGCUGAAGCAGAUGGUUACUGCCGUGCUGAUGGUAUUGCCUCGAUCGUUAUGAAGCGACUUGAAGAUGCCGAAGCGGACAACGAUAACAUCAUCGGUGUUAUCCUUGGUGCGGGAACAAAUCACUCAGCUGAUGCCGUCUCUAUUACGCACCCGCAUGCUGGGGCGCAAGCUUAUCUCACGAGACAGGUGAUGAGCCAGGCUGGUGUUGAUCCCCUUGAUGUUAGCUUCGUGGAGAUGCACGGGACGGGCACGCAGGCUGGUGACGCGCAAGAGAUUGUAUCAGUUUGUGAUGUCUUUGCUCCUCUUACUAGGCGUCGCAAUUCGAAGCAGCCUCUGCAUAUUGGAUCCGUGAAAGCUAAUGUAGGCCAUGGCGAAGCUGUUGCUGGUCCGACUGCCCUGCUGAAAGUCUUACUUAUGCUUGAGAAAGAGACAAUCCCCCCACACGUUGGAAUCAAGAACAAGAUCAACCCCGGCUUCCCAAAGGAUCUCGAUAGAAGAAACCUACGUAUUCCGUACGAGAAACAGCCUUGGCCUAGGGUGCCCGGGCAGAAGCGUGUUGCUGUUGUGAACAACUUCAGUGCAGCCGGUGGUAAUUCCACACUCGCAAUUGAGGAAGGACCCCUUCGUGAGGCGAGUGAAGUUGUGGACUCCCGCUCAACCCAUCUCAUCACCGUAUCGGCCAAGAGUAAGGUGUCACUGAGGGGUAAUAUCGAAAGGCUGAUUGCUUAUUUGGAUGUAAAACCCGAUGCGUCCGUGUCAAACCUGGGAUAUACGACUACGGCUCGACGCCAUCACCACAACCACCGAAUAGUGGUAAUUUCUUCCGAUACAACCCAUUUGAAAAAGCAACUUGGUUCUGCCCUUGAUUCGGUUGAAACCCACAAGCCCAUUCCAUCAACUGGUCCUCCUCCGAUUGUCUUUGCAUUUACCGGUCAAGGAUCCUCACAUCGAUCCAUGAAUUUGGAGCUCUUCCGGGAUUCUCCUUUUUUUAAGGCACAAUUGCUGCACCUUGAUUCCAUCUCACAGGGACAAGGUUUCCCGUCUUUCAUCCCCGCUGUCGAUGGCAGCCAUCCCCAAGAUUAUACACAUCCCUCAAUCGUCUCCCAAGUAGCUCUAUGCUGUAUAGAGAUUGCGCUUGCCAAGUAUUGGGAAUCCCUCGGUGUAAAACCUGAUGUCGUAAUUGGACACAGUUUGGGAGAAUAUGCUGCACUCCACGUCGCCGGCGUUCUAUCAGCUACCGAUGCCAUAUUCCUAGUUGGGCAAAGAGCACUGUUGCUUGAGAAGAGAUGCCAAGUUGGCACACACAAGAUGCUUGCUGUGCGGGCUUCGCUUGCCAAGAUCCAAGAGAACGCGAGGGGUAAACAAUUCGAAGUUGCAUGCAUCAAUGGCCCUAAGGAUACGGUACUCAGUGGCACUAGUCAUCAGAUCGACGAGGUAUCUACGGUCUUGCAAGUUGCUGGUUUCAAAUGCUUCAGUUUAGACGUCGCAUUUGCAUUCCAUUCAGAACAGACGGACCCUAUUCUCGAAGAAUUUGAAGAGAUUGCAAACUCUGGCGUCUUGUUCCAGGCACCUAAUCUCCCAGUCAUCUCGCCUUUACUUGGGAAAGUAAUUUUCGAUGAGAAGACAAUCAACGGAAACUACAUGCGACGAGCCACUCGGGAACCUGUUAACUUUCUCUCGGCAAUUGAGGUCGCACACAAGAUGUCGAUCAUCGAUGAGAGCAUGGUAUGGAUUGAGAUUGGUCCACAUCCCGUUUGUAUAGGAUUCGUAAAGUCCAUACUGCCAUCCGUCAAUGUCGCAGCUCCUUCGAUCCGCAGAGGAGAAGAUAACUGGAAGAGCUUGGCACAGAUUCUGGGACAAUUACACUGUGCUGGGGUGGAGGUUAGCUGGCAAGAGUUCCAUCGACCAUUCGAGCAAAGUCUGCGCCUCUUAGAUUUGCCUACGUAUGCUUGGAACGACAAAAACCACUGGAUCCAGUAUAACGGAGACUGGGCGCUCACGAAGGGAAAUAACUUCUACGAUACAGAAAAAGCCGCAGCGAAAGCAAUCCAGGCAUAUCCUGUGGCCAAACCAGUUUCCUGUCUAAGAACAUCGACUGUUCAAUCGAUCACCGAAGAGUCCUUUUCUGCAUCUGCUGGUAGAGUUGUGAUGCAGUCAGAUUUGAUGCAGCCAGAAUUCUUAGCUGCUGCAUGGGGACAUCAGAUGAACAACUGUGGUGUGGUGACAUCUUCAAUACAUGCGGACAUCGCAUUCACCCUUGGCCAAUAUCUCCUAAAGAAGCUGCGGCCAAAGUCAAAGAACACCCACAUGAAUGUAGCCAACCUGGAAGUGCUCAAAGGUCUGAUAGCGAAGAAAGACACAACAACGCCACAACUUAUCCAGGUUUCGAUUACCGUUGAAGAUAUUGACUCCGGAGUGGCUGACAUCGCAUGGUAUAACGUCACCAAUGGGGAAGUUUAUGAACAGUUUGCCGGUGCCAACAUCUACUUCGGAAAUGCCGAGACUGCGCUCGCAAGUUGGGUUCCCAUGACGCAUCUUAUCCAAGGUCGUAUCGAGACGCUCGAGCGCCUCGCAGAGGAAGGUGUAGCUAACCGACUUUCUCACAACAUGGCAUAUCUUCUCUUCGCUAGUAAUCUUGUCGACUACGCCGACAAGUAUCGGGGGAUGCAAUCUGUAGUCUUACACGGAUUCGAAGCAUUCGCCGACAUUACUCUCACAACAGAAAAAGGAGGCGUAUGGACCAUUCCUCCCUACUUCAUUGACAGCUUGGCGCAUCUCGCGGGAUUCAUCAUGAACGUCUCGGACGCUGGUGACAUCAAGAAUAACUUCUGUGUAACACCGGGAUGGGGAUCAUUGCAAUUUGCGAAAGCACUUGUUGCAGGUGGCAAAUAUCGAUCCUACGUUAAGAUGAUCCCAACGCCUGAGGACCCGAACAUAUAUCAUGGCGAUAUAUUCAUUCUCCAGAAUUAUAUCAUAAUUGGCAUGUGUGGAGCCAUCAAGUUCCGCCGUUAUCCACGGCUGCUCCUGAAUCGCUUCUUCUCGGCCCCAGAUGAGGACGCGACUAAGCAUGGUGCUGCUGCUGCGCCCGCAAAAGUGCAAUCGCCCAAGUCAGUAAUUAAGGCAUUGGCACCAAAGCCAGUACCAUCUCCAAUUCCUGAUUCCCAAGCAGCGCCUGAGAUAGUCAAGGAAGCUCCAGUCGCAACAAAUCCAGUGGCUAUCGCUAUUUUGGCAGUUGACGACUCCAAUAGUACUGCAGUAAAAGCCAUGGUCCUUGUGGCUACUGAAGCAGGACUCGAUGUUUCUGAACUUCAAGACAAUAUCAAUUUCGCAAGUCUUGGCGUUGACAGUCUCAUGAGUCUUGUUAUAGCCGAGAAAUUCCGCGACGAGCUUGGAGUUACAGUCAACGGUAGUUUGUUUUUGGAAUAUCCAACUGUGGGCGAUUUGCGGGCUUGGUUGCUAGAGUAUUACAGCUAA